AUGACAAGAGUCAGCAUUAUCGUCUCCAUAUUGAGGCGGUUUUCUUCACCUUGUCCUUCUCCAAAAUUCAAUCCAAACAAGUUUGGUUCCUUGGAGCGCAGUGACAUCCGCGUUGAACGUCUCAAUUUCCCCAAGCCUCAUACAAACGAAUCACAGGACUUCCAGUUCCCUGUCACUAAGAGAAAAGUGAAAGAGCUCAGCGUUCCUAUAUCCUUAUCGAAAGGUAAACGGGAGCAGUUGGAAAAGUUACAGUCCAGGGAGCCACCUCCUCCUAGUCAUUUGUGCUAUGUUGAAUGUUCCCGACCGGAAUUCAAUCUUCUUGAAAGUAACCCGGGCACUAGUCAUGUAUUAUGCAGCACAUAUUGGGAGAAGAAUAAGUAUAGUGAUGACUGGUUUGUGAUCAAAAGAAGGACGAAGGACGCUCCUAGUCAAUUCGCAAAGUGGGAGAAUGCAUGGGAGCAUUAUGUUCCUGAUCGUCUUGACCCUUUAGUCCGAGAAGUUAUUCAGGAUCUUGGACUGAAAACGCCUACAUUUAUACAGACACAAUGCCUACAAGUAUUUCCGUCUCGGUAUCACAUUUUUAUAGCAGCUGAAACAGGUUCGGGGAAGACAGUAGCUUAUGGUGCCCCGUUACUCACUAGACUUCUGCAGAAAAAACGGAAAGGAUUACGGGAAAAAGCUGUCAUCCUUGCGGUUACUUCUUCACUGAAAGAGCAGACUUUCACUUUCCUAUCGAAACUUGCUUCCAAAACAGGUCUAGGAAUUUCGAUGUGUUCAUCGAACACGAUCUGCUCGGACGAUUGGGACGUUCUCGUGGGCACUCCUGGGAUGGUGGAAAAGUAUUUUCGACAACGCGGAAGCGCCUCUGAUAUAAAACACCUCAUAAUGGAUGAAGCCGACAUGAUUUUGGAUGAGAGCUUCACUGAUGUCCUCACCAACCUUUUUGCAUUAAUACCUGUGGCUAAUUCUGUCACGAACACCACAAACGCGGACGAACAGUGUGAUGGUGCUCGUGUCAUAUUCUGUUCCGCUUCAUGUCCAGAAGAGUUGGAGUGUCUUGCAGAUGGCGUGGUCGAUCGGCAAUGGCUUCGAUACAUCAAAAGUCCGAAACUGCAUUGUUUGUCCCAGAACGUUGAAAUGAGAUUUGUUCGGGUGAGAGAAAAAGACAAGAUCACUCGACUAACAACAUUGCUUUCAGAAGAUAUGAAAAGAGGUAAUCUAAACCAAACAAUGGUGUUUUGCAAGGAUCGCGCAACAGCUUCUUUCGUAUACCAAAAUCUGCAGUCAUCUGAGCUGAGUGUAACUUUGUGGCAGUCAUCCACGAUUCAUGAUGACACAUCUAGAAUAUUUAUAGCUACGGAUGCAGCAGCUAGGGGAAUCGAUCUUCCUCGCUUAAGCCACGUCAUAAAUUAUGAUCUAUCACGACACGCGGUCGACUUCCUACAUCGAAUAGGGAGAGUUGGACGACUAAGCUCGUCCUUUCUGGGUAGAGUUACCUCAUUUGUCAGGACGCCAAGCGAAGUUCGGUUAACAAACGCAAUUGAACUAGCUGCUCGUCUUGGUCGUCCGUUGUCGAACAUUGAAGCGGAUAUCUCAGGUCAGAUCAAGGCGUCACGCGAUGAAAAGGACUAG